AUGCGCGUUCGUAAAAUAUCUCGUUUGCAUAAAGAUUUUAUUGGCAUUAUUACCAAAGUGGCCGAUAUUAUUAACUUAAAAAACAUUGAAUAUUUAAUUGAAUUCGGUUCAGAUGAAAUUGACUGUUUUCUUGGUGGUUUACAUAAAGUGAGCAUUAAAGGACUGAGGGAUGGUACUCCUGUCAAAAUUGGGGUUAUAAUAAAAUGGCAUCCCAACCCCGUAGACCGUAUGUGCUUUAGAGCGGCUUACCAAAGGGAAUAUGUAUUUUAUCAAUAUAUUGUACCCAAGAUGUUACAACUUCAGAGAAAGUAUAAUGUAAUCGAAGGACUCAGAAUGAAAUUUCCGAACUGUAUUCUUGCAAGUAUGGAGGACGAUAAAGAAACUAUUGUUGUAAACAUGAUUAUGGAAUACAAACUAACAAGUAGAUUUAACAAAACAGAUUUUGUGAAAUCGUCAUUAGUUGUGAAGAACUUGGCGAAGUUACACGGCCUGUCAUUUGCAUUAGAAAAUAUACAUCCAGAAGAAUUUAAAACUAUACAAAAUCAUUGCAGCAAAGAUGUUCAGUAUUCUGACAUAAAAAAUGUAUCCAAAUCAUUAAUUUAUUAUUUUAAACAAUCUUUGAACGUAGUAUCUAAUUCAGAGGCUAAGGCAAAGCUAGAAACCAUAUUACCUAAUAUAUCGACGCUAUUAAGUAAAUGCUCUGCACCGGUUCCAAAUUACAGCACCAUUUGUCAUGGCGAUUGUUGGAAUAAUAAUAUUUUGUUUAAAUAUCAGGGAAAAAUACCAGUGGACGUACUAUUUGUAGAUUUCCAACUGGUGCGUUACGCUUCACCAGUGACCGACUUAUCGUACUACGUAUACAUGUCUACAGACCAAGAAUUUCUUUCCAAAUACUACCAGCAGCUUGUGAAUAUUUAUUACGGAACCUUAUCUGCAGUGCUACGUCAGUGUAAUUUAGAUGUGGCUAAUAUCUACCCCAGGAAUAUUUUGGAGAAGCAUUUAAGAGAAUAUUCAGUAUUGGGGCUUCUAGAAGCAUUGAUAUCAAUGAAAAUUAUUACAGCUCAAUCAGAAGAGGCUUUGAAAAUGACCGAAAUGAAAUAUCAAAAGUCAGAAGAUUCGCUCCAAUAUGAAACAGAAAAUCAUUUGUUAUACGUGGAGAGGGUAAAUGGCGUAGUAAAUGAUUUUUUUGAAAGGGGAUAUUCUUUAGAUUCAUUAUUAAAUUUA